AUGGCCGGCCUGUCCGUGACUAUGGUGUCUAUUCCCUUGAACCUCGCCAUCGCCCUUGGUUCUGGUGUACCGCCCGAGCUUGUGGCCAAUGCGGUGAGGGACCAUGGCCUGGCCGGCUUGGCGAUCGCGACCAUAUGCUGUGGCGCCAUGCAGAUGACCACGGGCGCUCUGAAGCUGGGCGGCAUUGUCAAGCUGACUCCAGCACCCGUGAUGACCGGAUUCAUGACUGGAAUUGGGGCGCUCAUCAUCACUGCCCAGUUGCCGCGCGCUCUGGGCGUCCAUACCCUCAACAUGGAAACCAUCCGGCUCAACAUGCCGCAUUUGUUCUCAGCGGCCGCAGAUUCGUCGAUGGAGCUGGCAUCAACCCUUGCCGCUGAGCAAGCGAACCUCAUUUCUCUUCCAUCUCUUGGUUUGGCCGCGCUCACUGUGGGUAUCACCAUGGGCCUUAACCGCACCAAACUGGCGGCUAAGUUGCCCGCCGUCAUGGUGGCCGUGGCCAUCACGUCCACCCUGCAGGGCGUCCUCCAGAUGCCCGGGGUGGAGAUGAUCGAACCGCUGCCGGCGAUCUUCACUUCGAUCACCAUGCCUUCGCUUCCGUCCCUCGGCGAAACCGCGCACAUUGCCGCACUCUCGGCUCUCUUCUUCGCUAUCGGCUCACUCGAGAGCUUGCUGUCCUGCGGGGCUGUCGACAAGCUGGCCAAAGCGCGGCGCGGGUUUGAUCCCAACCAGGAGCUCGUCGGCCAGGGUGCGGCGAACAUGGCCUGCGGCAUGCUGGGUGGCAUGCCGGCAACCAGCGUCAUCGCGAGGUCCUCUCUGUCGGUCCUUGCUGGCGGAAAGACGCGAAGGGUUGCCCUGUCCAUGUCCGGCCUGAUGCUCAUCUCGACGGCGCUCCUUUCGGACGUGUUCCAGCACAUCCCCGUUCCCACCCUGGCCGGCGUACUGCUUGCCGUCAGCACGCGAAUGAUCGACGUGGACGAAAUGAAGCAGAUCUGGGCAAUGCGCAAACCGGAAGCAUUGCUCCCAGUGGGCAUUACUGUGGCGGGCAUGCUGGCCGCGGACCUGGUUGUGGGUGUUGCCAUGGGGCUGACGAGCUCCUUGGCUCUCAACCUCUAUCAUCGAGGGGGAUCCAUGCCCCGACCAUCGCUUCAGUACUGCAUUCGAAAUGAUGAAAUUGCGGAGGCGGGCAAGCGGCUGGUAAGGGUCAGCUUGGGCGGUCAGGUGGACUUCUUGGGCGGCAUGAGGGUUCAGCAAAUGCAAAUCGAUCUUGACGACGCACUCAACGGUGGUGCUGCUGAGUGCCACAACGAGAACAACGAAAGCGUAGAGGCACACGUCAUGUCACCCACGGCCAUUGAAGUGGACAUGAAAGGAGCCACCAUCACAGAUGUGUCAGGAGCGUUCCUGCUUGGUGAACUCGUCACAGGACUGCAGCGCAGGGGACAUACAGUCAAGGUCGUCAAUGCGCUGCCAGAUUGCAGGGAGCUACUACUGAAGAGCCAUGUGCCUGCUGAAGCUGUCCACAGUUGA